AAAAAUAAAGCAGCGGAAACCGACAGAGUGGUUGUUAUUGGAGCCUGCACGGUGGAGAUGUUAUAAACUGAAGAGAAGAGUUUCUUACACCUUGUUCCGUCCAUGAAAGAAGCUGUAAAACCGUCCCCACCGUCACAAUGUGGAAACCCGCCGCCUGUGGAUCAAAAAGCAACUUCAGCUCAGCAGCUGCCGCCGCGGUCACCUGUCUGCUCGUGACCGGGAUGCUGGUCGUUACUGUCGGACAACCGAGCAGCGGAGACCCGGCGGAGCCUCUAGUUGCUGCAGCGACGAGCGGAAAUGUUUACUCGGCGUAUUUCAGAAAACUCACCCGGGAGAGGCGAGCGAUAAGCGACCCUCCUCGGAAAAGCGCUCCCCUCGGGCCGGUGGAGCAUCUUUCCCCGGCCGACCUGUUCAUAGCGGUGAAGACCACCGGGAGAUAUCACCGGCAGAGACUGCAGCUCCUGCUGGACACCUGGAUCUCCAGAAACAUGCAACAGACGUUUGUGUUCACUGAUGGAGAGGACGAGGAGCUGAGGAAAAGGAUGGGAGCUCACAUGAUCAACACCAACUGUUCCGCGGCCCACAAUCGUCAGGCCCUCUCCUGUAAGAUGGCUCUGGAAUAUGACACUUUUAUUAACUCUGGCAAGAAGUGGUUCUGUCACGUCGAUGAUGAUAACUACCUGAAUGUCGGCUCCCUCCUAAAGCUCUUGUCUCAGUACAGUCACACACAGGAUGUUUACAUCGGCCGGCCCAGCCUCGAGCGACCAAUAGAGGCCACGGAGAGGCUCGGCACCACUGAAAUGAAGCAGGUGAGUUUCUGGUUCGCCACAGGAGGAGCAGGAUUCUGCCUGAGCCAUGGCCUCGCUCUCAAGAUGAAACCCUGGGCGAGUGAUGGCACCUUCAUGGCGACAGCUGAGCACAUUCGCCUCCCGGACGACUGCACCGUUGGUUACAUCGUGGAGGCGCUGCUUGGCGUGAGCCUCAUCCGAUCGGCAUUGUUCCACUCCCACCUGGAGAACCUGGGGCUAGUGUCAGACAUACACAACCAGGUGACUCUCAGCUACGGCACAGUGGAAAACAGCAGAAACACUGUCAGCCUGAAAGGACCAUUUUCAAAAAAUGAAGAUCCUACGAGGUUCAGGUCGGUCCAUUGUCUGCUGUACCCAGACACUGCUUGGUGCCCCAGGCCCUGGCGACUUUAACACCGACAGACCGGUGGAGGAGGAGAAUGAGUAAAUGUCUGGCUUAACUCAAUUUUCUCUGAUUGAGGAGGAAAUCACUGCAGACGUCCAGGAAUACAGAGAGGGAGUCUGACCGCUGCCCUCCUUUGACUCACCAGUGCUGAAGAAUCUCUGAAACAUUUGGACAUAGAUGUUUUCCUCACACCCAACAGCAGUCUGAGUAGUAGACUGACUUUUUAUGAGGGACUACAGUUCUGUUAGUUUAGACACCUGAACUCUGACCCGGUGAAAUGUUGUUGGGAAGAGAAGAAGACUUAAGGUCAAUAUUCUUGGAUGGCAUCUUUGCUGUUUUUAGAUCCUGAGGGUGGCACGAUCCUGAGGAAAAGCUCUGUUGUUACCUAAAUCCAAAGGAUUUAUCCUCUGUGCGUCUCAGUGGAGCCUGUCAGACCUGCCUCAUCUGUCCUCUU